AGAAGAAGUGGCCAAAAAGAGUUGUGACGAUAUGGCUGCGACCGAGAAGGAAUCAUCAAGUACACCUAAUGAGCUGUCUGUAUCAUUUGAUGGCGGGUGGCAGAAAAGAGGAUCAGGUAGAUCCUAUUCCAGUUUGUCAGGUCAUGCUGCAAUGAUCGGAAAUGAAACGGGGAAAAUUGUCAAUUUUGCAACUCGCAACAGCUAUUGUAGAGUAUGCGACAACUCUGAAAAAUCUGGAAAGGAUCUAUCCAUCCAUGACUGUCGAAAGAACUGGUCCAAAAGUGCAAAAGCCAUGGAACCAGAUAUGUGCAUACAGAUGUUGCAAGAACUUGGCCAAAAUGAUGUGAAUGUCAGCACUGUUAUCAUGGACAAUGAUUCAACAACUGUUGCAAGAGCACGCUUGGAGGUAAACCCAGCCCUAAAGAAACAGAGUGAUAAAAACCAUACAAUGAAACAAUUUACUAAUAAAUUAUAUGACUUGAAGAAGAGCAAGAACUACAAAGAACUAAAUUCCAAAACCAUAAAUCAUAUCAGCAAGUGUUUCAAAUACUGCAUCAGUCAAAAUCAAGAAGAUUUGAGCAGUCUAAAGAAAAAUAUGGAGGCCAUAACACCACAUGUCUAUGGAGACCACAGCCUAUGUGAUACCUGGUGUUGAUUUCUCUCUUCUCCUGAAACCUACAAGCCACAGCAACUUCCAUAUCACCGUUACCUAUCUAACCAACACUUGAAAUCUGAUCUAUUAUCUCUCUUUGGAUUCUACAUUUCACAGGCUGAAAAAUUGAUCAACUUAGGAAGUACACAGGCAAAUGAGAGUUUCAACAAUACAGUUGCAAGUAAAACACCAAAGUCCACUUUCUACUCUGGAUCCGAGAGUAAUGACUUUCGUAUUGCUGCUGCUGUGGCACAGAAAAAUUUAGGACAUCAAUAUGUAAUACAGGUAAAUAAGAAGUUGCUUCUUUCUCCUGAACAAGUCACUAGUUCCAGUGCAAAGAAAACAGACUUGAAAAGGAAACGAGACAAGGAAAGAGAAGAUACACCUGCUUACAAGAAGAUCAGGGCAAUGAAGAAAAUAGAUUCCCAGAAGUCACAAGAGUCAUCAGAGAUUAGGGAGGGAACAACAUACAAAACGUGUGUUGAUCUAAACAACAAUGAAGGAGACAUGGAAAACAUUACAGAGAUACCGCCACCUCUGAGAAAACCCCAGUCUACUCCUAUUGUCCAUGACCAGUGCACAUUUGUUUACUUUGAUUUGGAAACUACAGGCCUUGGUAAAGAUUGUGAAGUCACCCAGAUUGGUGCAUAUGCCUCUGAGAAAUCGUUUUCACAGUAUAUCCUUCCAUCUACACAGCCCAUUUCACCCUCUGCCACUGCUGUAUCGGGUAUUGCUGUGAAGGAGAAUAUUAUGUUCAAGAAUGGAGUACAGGUGCCAUGUAAGAAUGCAAAGGAUGGUAUAGAAACAUUUAUUACAUGGUUGAAAAAUUUUUCCAACAUAGUGUUAGUUGCUCACAAUGCAAAAUUCGACUCGAAUGUUAUAAUCCGUGCAAUGCAUCAAGUGGGACUAAGACCCAGUGACUUCAUUAUUGGGUUCGUAGACACACUACCUCUAUUUAGAGAAGCUGUUCCCAACAGAAAGUCUUACAAACAAGUGGAUCUUAUGAAAGAUUUAUGCACCGCACAAUAUGACGCCCAUGACGCUUUAGCGGAUUCCGAAGCUCUACAGCGACUUGUGCUUCACCUUGAUAUUUCUAGAGCCAUGAUGCUGAAACACAGCUUUAGUGUAGAUUUUGUUAUUGAGAAUGACAAAUAUGCUAUUUUAUUGAGUAGAAAUGCUUCUUCAUUGAAACAUCUUGUAGAUGAAAAUAUUUUGUCUAAAUUUACAGCUAACAAAAUUGCAGCAUCCGGUCUUCACUAUGACCAUCUUUGCAUUGCUCAUCACAGAGAUCCUGUGAAUGGUAUAAAGUCUAUUUUGUCAGAGAAAAACAUGGGUAAGGUCAGAGUGACAUCCAAUGGUAAAAUCAUCAAGUCAUUACAUCAGUAUUUUAUGAAAGGUAACUGACCACUUGUUAUAUGGAUAUACAUGUAAUGACUAUUGUUAUAUGAAUAUACAUGUAAUGACUACAUGUUUCUAAUUUGAACAAUUAUCUGUGAUAUCAUGAUGAUGUAAAUACACUUUCUAUUCCACUGCAUUUGUUUCUCAUUUCUUUUCAUAUCAA